AAAACAAUUCGUAUUUACGAACAAACAACAACAAAACAAAUAACUAACAAUGACUGGAAGAGGUAAAGGUGGUAAAGGUUUAGGUAAGGGUGGUGCUAAGAGACACAAGAAGGUUCUCAGAGAUAACAUUGCCGGUAUUACCAAGCCAGCUAUUAGAAGAUUGGCAAGAAGAGGUGGUGUUAAGCGUAUUUCUGGUCAAAUCUACGAUGAAACUCGUACUGUCUUGAAGAAUUUCUUGGAAAAUGUUAUCAGAGAUGCUGUUACUUAUACUGAACACGCUAGAAGAAAGACUGUUACAUCAAUGGAUGUUGUCUAUGCUUUGAAGAGACAAGGAAGAACCUUGUACGGUUUCGGAUACUAAAUUGCUUUGCAAAUUAGUAAUUAAUAAUUAUUGGAUGAUGAAAAUCAUCUAGCAAACAUUUUCCCAACAAACAACUCGUCAAGAAAUUGACACCCUAGGCUCUUGUACAAAUAAAUUAUUAAAAAUCAAUAAU